GCAACUAUAUAGAUGAGACAGGGAGGGAGGGCCUCCUUAUCACAACCACCGCGGUGCAUGACUUCUUUAGGCUUCACCAUCUGAAUCACUAUUAGCCACUAUAUAUUCUCUCUUUUCCUCUUCCUCUUUUCUCCUCAAUUGUUUUUGGCUUAAUUCUUAUCUGCGAUAGUUGUUGGAAUGAGAGGUUGAAGCUGCCAGCAUGAUCUGGUCAUGUAGUUAGUUUCAUCUACUUGUCUUAUGCUUGAAAGAUUUCAUCGUGGAGAAAAAAAAAAAGUUCUUUUGUGUGUUUUGCCGCAUCAAUUAUCUCUUCGCGUUGUCAUUGUUUCAAGUUCUUAUUGUAAAACCUUCUUGUUGCCUUUCCUUGUUAUUUCUGUAUUAAAUCUUUGAAAUGAAUUCUCCAGAAAACUGUUAGAUUGUGUUUAGAGGUAGAGCUGUGGAGGUAAUGGUGCAAGUUUUUGCCGGCUCAUGAAUUAAAGAAAGAAAUGAACUUACUUCUGUGGUUUUCCUUUAUCUGAAAAUCUAAAAAUGAUUGGUCAACUAGUUAAAACUUCCCCUUAAAUUCAAGAGAGAGAAGAGGAGGAAGUAUACCUUGAUUUGACUUCAUCAGAUCAUCUGGCAGUUUCAAUCCCUCAAUUCGCCAACAGAAGCUAAAAAUUCUGGAUGAAUGCUUAUGGAAAGAGGAAACUCAACAAGAGAUGAUGGGAGGGGGCGAGAAGAAGAGGUCUGAUUUGACGCUAUCCUAUGCCGCGAAUCACUUCUCUACCAGCGGGGCUUCUGUUGCCGUUGCUACAACCGUCACGCAUCCCUUUGAUGUUGUCAAAGUUAGACUCCAAAUGCAGCUGGCUGGUCAAAGAGGACCUUUGGUUGGGAUGGGAACAAUAUUUUCUCAAAUGGUGAAAAAUGAAGGACCUAGAUCACUGUAUUUGGGACUUGGACCUGCGGUAACUAGGUCUCUAAUUUAUGGAGGUCUUCGAUUAGGCUUAUAUGAACCCUCAAAGUAUGUUUUAGAUCACCUAAUUGGUUCAACUAACAUCAUAGUGAAAAUUGCAUCUGGGGCAUUCUCAGGAGCAAUUGCUACCGGAUUAACAAAUCCAAUGGAAGUUUUGAAGGUAAGGUUGCAAAUGAACUCUAGCUCGCAAAUGGGACCCCUUAGGGAGAUCCACAGAAUUGUUUCACAUGAGGGUCUGAAGGCAUUUUGGAAAGGAGUUGGUCCUGCAAUGGCUAGAGCUAGUUGUCUGACAGCUUCACAGAUGGCAACUUAUGAUGAAUCAAAGCAGGCUCUACUCAAGUGGUCUCCUCUUGAAGAAGGUUUUGGUCUACAUCUCAUCUCAAGUUGCAUAGCUGGAACCGUGGGAACUCUUGUAACUGCACCAGUUGACAUGAUUAAAACUCGUUUAAUGUUACAGCGAGAAACCAGUGGUGCCAGAACUUACAGAAAUACACUUCACUGUGGUUAUCAGGUAGUGGUUACUGAAGGAUUUGGAGCACUGUACAAAGGGGGGUUUGCAACUUUUGCACGAUUAGGACCGCAGACUGCAAUCACGUUCAUUGUUUAUGAGAAGCUACGUGAACUGGCGGGAAUGAGGGCAAUUGGAUGAUAUUUAUCAUUAGAGAUCCCAUGUCAUGCAUGAAAUCGCCAUCACUGGCAUUCAAUUCUGAUUCUACGUCCACUUGAAAUUUUGGGCAAUUGGGAAUCAUUAAUUAACUAGGGCUUUCAUCAAAUGAUUUCAUUCCAUUUGUAAACUUAUGAUUUGUUUUCUUUCAGGCUUCUUUAUACCAGUCUAGAAUUUAUUGAUCAAAGAUAAAUUUGAGAGUUGCGCGAUGUAUGGAGUUUCUCCAAAUUGCAUUGGAUCUUCUGAUAAUUGUAAUAAGUCCAAAGGCGUAGACCAUAGUAAUUAUAAUUUAUUUCCUGAUCUA